GCCAGUUCAUUAUGAAGGCGUCGUUCCGCCUGCCACUCCAAAUGUCGAUGGAAAUGUCACUUGAGUGUGCAGAAGGAGCGCGUGGAUUUAAUUUGUCUGAGCUCAACCUCAUUUGGCAACCAUUAUUGGACGGGGUAAGACGUAAGAGAACUUCCCUAUCCAAGGUUCCACCCAGUUCCAAUCCAGUUUACAGAAGAAUGAAGUGAAAAAAGAGCCGGAAAACAAAGUGCCUUGGGAAAGUCUGCUAAAUGAAAUUGUAUCUGAUGAUUCUUAUCUUCCUGUCUGCACAUGGGUGCACCUCGUCAUUUUUCUUCGAGCUACCCAAUGACUACAACAAGAAUGAACCCGAUACCUUUCCAGCAUUAGUGGAACUUGACUUCACCAUUGUGGAAAUCAUUGAUGUGGAUGACAUUCAAAAUGCCAUAUCCCUUCAGGGUGGUUUGACCAUGACUUGGUUAGAUUCUCGAGUGAGGUUGAAUCUGACCAAUCCCAGCCUCAAUCUGAAAGAAUCCAACCUAAAUCCUGAAGAGAAGAGCAAAUUCUGGACUCCUGAUGUGUGGAUUGCCAACUUGAGAGAUUUCAAGCUGAUCAAAAGCUACGAAGAUCAGGCAACCUUCACCAUCACAAAGGACAAGAAACUUCAGCUUUGGCAAAGUGUCACCAUCAAGACCUCAUGUCCAAUGUAUUUCGAAUUCUACCCGUUUGAUAUCCAAACCUGCACACUCAAAUUCAGUGCAAAUGGCUUGGAUUACAAUGCCCAACGAUUCAUUGGAAACAUUUCCUUCCGAGAGCCUCUUCAUUUGAGUCAGGGAGCACUUCAGUUCCACAAUAUUCGACUGGAACAAGAUGCCCAAACUUCAUUUAAGAGCAAGGAGACAAGUAUGAUUAAGAACACGAAGUUUGACUAUGGCUGCCUCACAGACAGGGUCUGGCCGCAAUUGCAAGUGACCUUCUUCAUGGAGCGUCGGCGAGUGGAUCAUAUUCUGCAAACUUUUCAACCCACGGGUUGCGUGGUUUGCUUAUCGUGGAUUUCGUUCCUAAUUCCACCGUACAUUGUUCCCGGUCGAAUGGUUCUUCUGGUCACUCUACUCCUGGUAGUGUUCAGUACAUACCAAACCGAACAUCAGCGAUCCCCAAGAUCUUCAAGCUUGAAGGCCUUAGAUGUGUGGUUCAUGGGUUGUAUGGUUUUUGUAUUGGCGGCUAUUUGCGAAUAUGCUGUUCAACUGCUAUUGAAACGACUUAUUAUUAGAAAAAGACGUCAACAAGACAAGGAGGAAAGAGAAAUUGAGGAAACCAUGAGCAAGGUAAAAGUGACCUUCGUCAAGGACUUGUUUCUGAAUUCCCUCAAAACCAGUGCCAAUGAUCGCGAACUAGAAGAGGAAGUGGGUGGUAACACAGUCAUUGGGAAAUCCAGCGUUCCAGCACGAUCCUCGGCAGUGACUCCCCGUUAUAGAUCGGCAACAGCAACCACGAGACAUAUUAAGGUGAGUCCCUUGGAAAACAAUGGCAAUAAGGUGAGACCAUUGAAGCAGAAGCCCCCGGAGACUGUCAUGGAUAGUGGAUCCGAAUAUGGGGACAUUAACGAUUCGGAACUGGAGGGCGAGGAGCUUUUGGAGAAAAUCGACGACACUGCGUUGAAGGUGUUUCCAUGCUGUUUCAUGAUUUUCAAUAUAGCUUAUUGGGCCAAUUACACUUUGCGAGAAAACCUCGUUCAAAACGCUUAAAUGCACUUCAAGUACAUUGAUGAACCACGUUGACAUCUAUAACUACUGUAAUGCGCUUCUAAAUCACAUCUUGCUGGCAUUAAAACAAUGAAGGAAUCUUGACCAAAUGUAUUAUUCAUCAAUAUGCAUGAUGUAUCACAGA